GGUAUGGAUAUUCAUGCUGACCCUAAUGACGACCAUCUUGCAAGUUACGGCAUUCAGCUGUGCAUUCAGGAAUCCAUUGAAGCGAGCCAGGCUGUAUUCCAUCCCGAAAGGUUCGUGCCACUAAGUGAUCAAAACAGAAAGCUUGUAGAGGCCAUAAGGCGAGGUCGCGUUCUUGAGCUCCAGAAGUGUGUGCAACAUCAGUCUGCUCUGGAUGAAGCCGAUGAGAAAGGGUGGUUCCCGUUGCAUGAGGCCGUUGUCCAACCCAUUCAACAGAUCCUUGAGACUGUUCUGGAUGCAUCCUAUAAAAGACUCUGGGGAUUCAAAACCAGUGAUGGAGAGACACCCUUGACUCUGGCUGUCAAAGCUGGUCUGGUGGAAAAUGUCAAGACGUUGCUGGAAAAGGGGGUCUGUCCAAACACCAAAAAUGACAAAGGAGAGACACCUCUUCUGAUUGCUAUAAAAAGGGGCUCCUAUGACAUAGUGUCUGCACUGAUUAAGUACAACACCAGCCUUGACCAGCCCUGUGUCAAGCGAUGGUCAGCAAUGCAUGAAGCCGCGAAGCAAGGCCGCAAAGACAUCAUAGCCCUGCUCCUGCACCACAGAGGCAAUGUCCACCUGCGAGACGGCUUUGGAGUGACACCCUUAGGAGUUGCUGCUGAGUUCGGCCACUGUGAUGUGUUAGAACAUCUUAUUCACAAAGGUGGUGAUGUGUUUGCUUUGGCGGAUGACGGGGCAUCUGUGCUAUUCGAGGCAGCAGGAGGUGGAAACCCUGACUGCAUUUCCCUCCUGCUGAAAUACGGAGGAAGCGGCAAUGUGCCUAACAGAGCAGGGCACCUUCCAAUACACCGAGCUGCCUAUGAGGGACAUUACCUUGCUCUGAAAUACCUUAUCCCAGUAACAUCCAAACACGCAAUCCGGAAAAGCGGCCUCACUCCAGUUCACUCAGCAGCAGAUGGACAGAACGCCCAGUGCCUGGAGCUGCUCAUUGAGAACGGUUUUGACGUCAACGCCCUGCUUGCUGACCACAUUUCCCAGAGCUACGACGACGAGAGAAAGACUGCGCUGUAUUUCGCUGUCUCUAACAAUGAUAUCCACUGCACGGAAGUCCUCCUGGCUGCAGGGGCGGACCCCAACCUAGAUCCCCUCAACUGUCUACUUGUGGCAGUGAGGGCCAAUAGACACGAAAUCGUCCGGCUGCUUCUCUCCUACGGGGCUAACGUCAACUGCUAUUUCAUGCACGUGAAUGACACUCGUUUCCCCAGCGCCAUUCAGUACGCCCUGAACGAUGAGCUUAUGCUGAGGCUCCUGCUGAAUAACGGCUACCAAGUGGAGCUGUGCUUCGACUGCAUGCACGGUGACGUCUUUGGAAAUUCAUUCGCAUGGCCCGAGACAGAGGAGGAGGGACUGCCGGGAUGGACAUCUUGCAUAAUAAAAGAUAACCCGUUCUGUGAGUUUAUUACAGUUCCAUGGAUGAAGCACCUGGUGGGCAGCACGGUCCGGACACUCGUAGAUUACAUGGAUUAUGUCCCUCUGUGUGCUAAGCUGAAGUCGGUGCUAGAAGUACAGAGAGAAUGGCCGGAAAUCCGCCAAAUAAUAGAGAAUCCUUGCUCACUAAAGCACCUGUGUCGGCUAAAAAUUCGACGAGUUAUGGGACUGCAGCGGCUCUGCCAGCCAGCCUCCGUGGAGAAGCUUCCUCUCCCAGCAGCGAUUCAAAGAUACUUAUUAUUUAAAGAAUAUGAUCUCUAUGGACAACAGCUAAAGUUAAUAUAACUUUAAAAUUAUAUUUUAAAAUGUGAUUCCCUAGAGAUGUCUUUGGAAUCAUUUUAUAUUCUUACGUGUACUUAAAUCCACUGAGAAUUUUGCAGUUGUGUCAUGUCCCUAUGGGAAGAGCAUGCACACUCUUAAAGACUUUUGCAUUUCUAAGAUAAGUAAUAUCCUGUAUAUUAAUUUCUAUUGAUUGUCUUCAGUUGUUACAAGUCUUCAAAUUCUCCCUAUCAACUGACUAUCAAUGAUUGAGAGUCUAUCCUUAAGCCAGGCACAGUGGCGUACACCUUUAAUCCCAGCACUUUGGGAGGUACAGCCAGGCGGAUCUCUGUGAGUUCAAGGCCAGCCUGGUCUACAAAGUGAGUCCAGGGCAGCCAAGUCUACACAGAGAAACCCUGUCUUGAAAAACCAAAAACUAAAAGUAGUCUAGGAUUAGAAGGUAAAUAACCACU